GACGCAAGUAAAUAACGGGCCUCCGGCCGUCGCUUUUCAACGUGACGCGCGCGCGAAAGAAUUCUCCGAAAGAUCGGCCGUCGAUCGUCGUGCAUCUCGAAAAGCGCGAGAGAAAGAGAGACGUGAGAAGCCUAUAAUUGCCUAGUGUCAGUAAACGAGAGGGAGAGAGAGAGAGAGAGAGCUGAGUCAUUCAUUAGUUAACACACACGGUAGACGUCGCAUUAUCGCAGCUACAAAUAUGUUUAUUUGGGACUGGUUCGCUGGAGUGCUGAAUUAUCUUGGAUUAUGGAAGAAGAGUGGCAAGCUUCUCUUCCUGGGUUUGGAUAACGCGGGCAAAACCACGCUGCUUCAUAUGCUCAAGGAUGAUCGUUUAGCUCAACAUGUACCUACAUUACAUCCAACAUCUGAAGAAUUGUCUAUCGGAAAUAUGAGAUUCACAACCUUUGAUCUUGGUGGUCAUACUCAAGCACGUCGCGUGUGGAAGGAUUAUUUCCCAGCUGUCGACGCGAUAGUGUUCCUCGUCGACGCAAGCGACAGAACAAGGUUACCAGAAUCAAAAGCUGAGCUGGAUGCGUUGUUGACUGACGAGCAACUUAGCGCGUGUCCGGUUCUCGUGCUAGGCAAUAAAAUUGACAAACCAUCCGCGGCUUCUGAAGAUGAACUCAGAAACUUCUUUAAUCUGUAUGGACAGACAACAGGAAAGGGUAAAAUUGCUCGCAGCGAGAUACCCGGCCGUCCGCUGGAACUGUUCAUGUGCUCAGUCCUGAAGCGACAGGGAUAUGGGGAAGGCUUCCGUUGGCUUGCACAGUAUAUCGAUUGAACGUAUAUAUUAUUAUAUACAUGACAGAUUCUCAACAGUUUCAUCAUACAUUUCCCUUUCCUGUUGGUAACGGUGCCGCUACCGGGACUGUAAUCUUCACAUGAAUUCAGUAGUAGGAGAGGAAAUACCGUUUCAUCGAAAAAAAAAAAGAACACGCAGUAAUCGAAAUUUAAGACGAUUUUCCCAAAUAGAGACACGAGACGAAUAUUCUCGAGAACAUUGUACGCGCAAAAUAGGACAGAUUUCCUUUCUUUGAUGUUGGUACACGAAAAACCCGGCAAACAUCAUCUUUUUCUUUUCAAUUCUUCGAGCUCCAUACGGAUUCUAUGGAAACCUAUCAUUUUACGAGUCACAUUAGGGGAAUGAUCAUUAAUACGUGCUGAAGAAUGAAAUAAAAAAAACAUUUUGAUAAAAUAAAACUAAUAAACUAUUUAAGAAUUCCAAGUGUUUGGUAGAUUUAUUUUUGGUGAUUUAACUGAUUUAUUUUUAGUGACAUUAUACUCUAAAAAAAAUGUUAUAAUGCAAAGUAAUGUAUCAUACACAAUUGUAUGUGUGGCUUCUGGAAAGUUGAGAGCUUACAGUAUGUAAUUUACGAAAGUUAGGCUGAUUUGUUAAUUGAUAUUGUCUCUACAUGUGCUCUUUAUCUUUCUUUUCGUUUAAUUUAAAGUAAUAAUUGUUAGAAUCGUUGAAUGACGCUGCUGAAUGCUGUUUUAUAUUUAUAAUUGCUGGUGUUUAAUUUUUUUAUGUUGUAUUUUUACUUAUACAGUCUUGUAUUUGUGCCAACAUUUUGUAUGUUCUUUGAAAUCCAUUCAGGGGGUGCAGGAUAUGUACCAGUAAUUUCUUUUUUGGCAAUGGUUACGAAAAUCUAGUUAAAAUUAUUAAGUAGAACUAAUAAAAUUAAUAGAAAUGAUAUCAUUUCUUAGCAAAUUUUUGAAUUGCAUAUUUCAAUUGUAACUGAUAUAUCGUUUAAAAACAAGCAUAUAUCAUGCUUAAUAUUCUAGAAAAAUCUUCAAUUAUAAAUGAUCUAUAAAUUAAGUUACCGUUAUAAGUUGAAACUGUUCAUAAAUUAUGUAGAUAGAUAGCGGGAAAAUUUUGUUUAAUUUGUUGGUGGUGAACCUUAAUAAAUCUUGGAGUUGUUUCCAAAAUAAAAAUUAAA